GCAUGUUUGUGGAUGAGUGUGGCAUUCGGGGGCGGAGGGGAAGCUUCAAAAUAUUAACAAGCGACGAUGAUGCUGAACAUAUAGAAAAUAUCACGUGUGGAGAAACUGGAUUUUGGUUUAAAUGAUCACAAUUUAUAGCCUCCAAGCUGGAAGGGAGGGGAGAGUAAAACUUCCAUGAGAAGCAGCAGUCUCUCAUUUUCUGGAUCAAGCAGGAGGGACGGAUCAUGGAGGGACCCCCUCAUGUUGACAACUGAUGAACAAUCUCUUCCUCACCGGGAGAGCCAACUGCUGUAGCGUUUCCUAUUCAUCAUCAUCAUCCUCAUCAUCCUCAGCAUCAUCAUCAGCAGCAUCAUCAUCGUCAGUGCGAGCGGCACGCUCCUCACUUGCUCCACAUCCUCGGGGCCACGAGAGCGCCUGGGCGCAAAGAUGAACAUCCAAGUCCUGCCCGAGCACAAACUGUCCUCGGUGGCCCCGUUGAAACAGUUUAACGUAGAGAAAAAGGAAGUGGAGCUGAUCCUGGUGAAGGAGCAGAAUGGGGUCCAGUACACGAACUCCUCUGUCGUGGCCUCUCCGAGCUGCGCUGAGGAAGUGGACAGGGAGACAUGGGGAAAGAAACUGGACUUUCUACUCUCUGUCAUAGGCUUUGCUGUGGACCUGGCCAAUGUCUGGAGGUUCCCCUACCUGUGUUACAAAAAUGGAGGAGGUGCCUUUUUGAUCCCAUACAUUCUGUUCCUGUUUAUUGCUGGGAUGCCUCUGUUUUACAUGGAACUCGCCCUGGGCCAGUACAACAGAGAGGGAGCAGCUACUGUUUGGAAGAUCUGCCCUGUAUUUAAAGGCGUGGGCUACACUGUGAUCGUCAUAGCAUUGUAUGUGGGCUUUUACUACAACGUCAUCAUAGCCUGGUCUCUGUAUUACUUAUAUGCUUCAUUGACAAGUGAGCUGCCCUGGCUCAGAUGUAAUAACCUGUGGAACAGCCCCAACUGCACAGAUCCAAAGCUCAUCAAUGGCACCUUCUUGGGUAAUGGAACCUCCUAUGCCAAGUACAAGAACACACCGGCUGCAGAGUUCUACGAACGGGGGGUGCUGCACAUUCAUGAGAGUAAAGGCAUCGAUGACCUGGGUCUUCCUCGCUGGGAGCUCACCAUCUGUCUUGUUAUGGUCGUCUUCAUCCUCUACUUCAGCCUAUGGAAGGGAGUCAAAUCCUCUGGAAAGGUGGUGUAUAUUACAGCUACUAUGCCCUACAUAGUGUUGUUGGUGUUGCUGAUUGAGGGCAUCACUCUCCCUGGUGCAAUGAAUGGAAUUAGGGCAUAUCUCCACAUUGACCUAAAGAAGCUCAAUAACCCUCAAGUAUGGAUUGAUGCAGCUACUCAGAUUUUCUAUUCUCUAGGAGCUGGGUUUGGAGUCCUUAUUGCCUUCGCUAGCUACAAUAAAUUUGACAAUAACUGCUACAGGGAUGCUAUUCUGACCAGCACAAUAAACUGCAUAACCAGUUUCUUCUCAGGGUUUGCCAUCUUCUCAGUACUGGGGUAUAUGGCUGAACAACAUGGUGUCAACAUAAAGGAUGUGGCCACUGAGGGAGCUGGACUGGUGUUUAUUAUCUACCCAGAAGCGAUUUCAACUCUACCUGGAUCUACAUUCUUUGCGAUAGUCUUUUUCAUUAUGCUUCUGACACUUGGAAUUGACAGCUCUAUGGGCGGCAUGGAGGCAGUAAUCACUGGGCUCUCAGAUGACUUCAAAAUCCUCAAGAGGAAUAGAAAGAUAUUUACGUUUGCUACAGCAUUUGGGACAUUCCUAGUAGCCCUUCUGUGCGUCACAAAUGGAGGGAUCUAUGUGUUGACCUUGUUGGACAAGUAUGCUGCAGGGACAUCCAUUCUAUUUGGGGUGCUGAUUGAGGCCAUUGGAGUAUCUUGGUUCUAUGGCGUGGACAGAUUUAGUGAGGACAUUGAACGCAUGAUGGGCUUCAAACCAGGAAUCUACUGGAGGCUCUGCUGGAAGUUUGUCAGUCCAGUGUUCUUAUUGUUUGUGGUGAUCGCCAGCAUUGUUACUUCCGGCGACCUGAGAUAUGAUGAAUAUACAUUCCCUUACUGGUCAAAUAUUGUGGGCUGGUCCAUAGCCUUGUCCUCCAUGUUGUUUGUACCCAUCUAUGCCAUCUACAAAUUCCUCAGUAUGCCAGGCAGCUUCAAAGAGAGGAUAGCGUACUGCAUUACUCCAGAACAUGAACAUCACUUGGUGGCCGAGGGUAAUGUCAGACAGUUCAAGCUCAGACAUUGGUUAUCCAUCUGAUGAAGGGGUCAGAUGGGAGUUCCCUACUGCUACUUGAAUGCUGGAGAAGAUAUGGUGUGUGUGAGAGAGAAAGGUUUCUGCAAAGAUCUUUUACUGUAUGAAAAGUGUCCCCUGAGAAAAGGACAGAAUGAAGCGAUGGCUUUGUGCGUUUCCCCAACCACACACUAUACUGUCCAGUCUGCUCCAUUUGUGUUCAGUGGUUGACUUGAAUUUUUUUUUAUAUUGUGGGGCAAAAUAAAUGUUGUGCCUGUACUUUUUUUUAAAAAACCCUAAUGUUUUAUUCCGAAUACCUCUCAAAAGACCUCAGAAAUCUUCAAAACACAUAAUUUUUAUGUUAAACACAUAUGUUUUUCUCUUUAUAAAUAAUUUUUUGGUUCUCGUUUUAGUUUCUCUGAUGGUUAUAAGUCAUUGUUGGUAAAAUAUUAUCCUAUAUGGUUUGGCAGUUGAAUGUGUGUUCAUAUGGAAUAAGUGGGUGUGACAGGAUAACUUACACCCUAGGUUUAAGUUUUACUGUAGGUGACAUGGUGAGAAAUGGAAACCCCCUUGAUAUUCCGGGAAAUCUUUCAGGCCAUAUAACAGGCUUGGAGCGUUUUGAGUCAUUGCUACAGUAUAUGUUAUCAUGCAGCUGUGAGUUUCUCACAUUUUACCUUGUUUCCCAAGAAUGGUUUGAUUGUGCAACAGCUGGCUUACAUUAAGGGUCCACCAAGAAUUAUCUCAAGCACAUCUUUUCCCUUUUUGACACACCUCACAAAGCAGACAUACACCACUGUGUCAGUGCCUUAUCUAGCCAUAAACUUCCUGUCAUUAAGCCUCUCAUCCUUAUGAAGAGAGUGCAGGGACAUUCUUCAUGACUAAAGCAUCUCAUUGAGAGAGAGUCUCAAUUAACUCCAUGCCAAGGGGAAUUUAUACUCGUAGCUUUCAAAAUGAACUGAGAUCCAAUGAUACGCCUCAAGUAAAGCUCAAGAGCUCUUCUUUUGUUAUAUUUAAAUCUAAAUAAGGGGAAAGUGAUUUUUAGUUUUUAGUCAACAGAUCAAUAUUUCAUGUUAUAAUUAUGGCCUUGAAUUAGAGCAACAUUUAUUUAGGACCAAUUAGCUAAAUUCGUGAGUAAAAAAUAUUAUAUGUCAAGAACUUUUUUGCAUCUUCCAAGAGAUUCAAAAACAACAGACCAAACACAUUAUAUUUUGAACUUAAGAACUGUUUGAAGUCCAGAUGACCAUGUAAAGCUUACUAGUGUUUGGAUACACUUGGCAGGGGGUUAGCUUACUUCGAAUUGUGUUUGAUUUGACAAAAGUUUUUAUUGAAAAUCUCUUUAAUCUGACAAUUCAAUUAAUUGAGCUUUUGUGGUACAGUCCCAUUAUCAUGUGGUCCCUUUGAACAUUUCAAGCCUUUUAUGGGUUGUGUGUGUGUGUCCAUGUGCGAUAACAGGUUUGGUUUCUUAGGUUUUCAAACCAGUCAAGAUCAAUUGUCUAUGUGGUUGUUUUUGUCUUAAGAUGACGAAUACAUUUUGUGGUUCACCAUGGCUUUCUCGCUUGAAGGAAAUGUUUUAACAUUUUUAAACCUUUUUAAGUGCCAAAAUCAACUCCCUGUUUGUUUGUGUUUUAUUUAUUUGUGUAGAAUAAUUUUGAAUACAAAAAAACUACAGAUCACUGGUAGGAAGCAAGCAACAUAUGUGGAUUAUGAAAUAUAAAGAGAUACAAAUAUAUUCUUUUGUUAUAUAUCUAAUAUUGUAUGUAUCAAAUUCUUUAUAAAACGUGAAUGUAAAACAUUUUAAGCAAAGUGUCUACUGUUAUAUCAUGCUUUGUGAUGUCGG